GCCAUACUGAGUCAAUCAAUAACCAAGGAGAUCUGUAACACAGGGCAGCAGGUGGAGCCUAGGAUGUUAUCUUGCUUAUAUAAUCCUUCCAAUCCCAACAUUCUGAAGAGAAGUGGUAAAUUCAGUGCAGUUUUCGAAUGAACUCUGGACAUAGAACUUCAGCCAUGAAGGUAACAAGCAUCUUCCUGCUCACCGCCUUGGUUUUGUUGAGUUUAUCUGGUAAUUCUGGAGCUGACUCCCUGAAAAGAGAGGCUAAAUGUAAUAAUGAAAUCAGUGGAUGUACCAAGAUCUAUAACCCUGUUUGUGGAACUGAUGGAAUUACUUACUCUAAUGAAUGCAUGCUAUGUCAAGAAAAUAGGAAGCGCCAGAGUCCUGUCCUCAUUCAGAAAUCUGGACCUUGCUGAGAAUCAAGGUUCUGAAAUCCAAUAAGGUCACCAAGAUGUCUGGAUGGCCUGAUUGUUGAAUAAAAUAUAUCUAAGUA